AGCUGGUUAAGCAUAUUCAAGAUUUAAUAUCUCUUGGUGUUAAGCCAGAUACAAUUCUCUUAAAAUCCCAUGAAUGGUCGAAGGAACAAGGACAUACUGAUCUCAACAACCAAGCAUAUUUUGUCACCCCAAAAGACAUUGAAAAUAUUCGGACGUGUAUGAUACGAAAAAAUCAGCAACACAAAGAUGAUGCCAGCAGUACCACGCAACUUCUUGAGGGCCCAUUCAAAGACUCUGUUAUUUUUUAUCAGCCUUAUAGUCCUCAAACAGAUCUUGUCAUGGUUCUACAAACACCAUCCAUGAGAGACAACCUUCAAAAAUAUGGACAAGAUAUUGUUUUUAUGGAUGCAACACAUGGUGUGAACCAGUAUGGCUUUCCUUUAUUUACAUUAGUUGUAAGGGACAGUCAUGGUCAUGGCAUACCCGUUGCCUAUAUCAUCCUGGGAAAUGAAAAGCAGGCCACGCUUCAGUUGGCACUGGAAAAGCUGAAACCAACAUUUUCUGUUGCUCCAAGGUGCUUUAUGGUUGAUAAAGACCAAGCUGAAAUCAAUGCCAUCCAAACAGUAUUCAGUGAGUCAGACGUUCUCCUUUGUUGGUACCAUGUAACACAAGCAGUAACUCGUUGGCUGUCAAGAUCUGAAUCUGGUGUAUGUGGACCUGAAAAUGCUGAUUCAAGGGCACACAUCAUGCAGUUUAUGGCUGAGCUGAAGUCUUGUUCCACGGAACAUGAUUUCAAGAAAAAAGCUGAGAUGUUUCAUUGCCAGUUCAAGUAUUUAAAAGAUGUGUGCAAGUACUUUAGGAACCACUGGGAGCCAAUUGGUCAUCUGUGGUCUAACUUUGGAAGAUGCUAUAAGCAUGGAGACUCUGACACAAACAAUCUAAUAGAACGGCAUAUAACAUUUUUAUGCAUGUUCACUUCAUUAUUUAUUUGUGGGCUAGCUGAAAGCUAGCAUAGUGCUUUAAGUAAUUUGUUUAAAUAUAGAUGCAAACUUCUCACCUUUUUGAGAGCAAAAUAGGUCACCUAUGGGAUCUGCAUAGAUCCAAUGAUAGUGUUUUUAUUGGGGGAGGGGGGUCUUAAGGGUACUUGUGAAGGGUAAAUA